UACACGAGAAAAAAAUGGACCGGUAAGCGAUCUUUUCCGAUCAUGAAAUUUCCAAUCUAACAACGAAAGAGGAUAAAAAAAGAUCCUAAAUCUUUUGGAUAAAAUUUAUCGUAAAAGUUGCCAAAGUUACAUAAUUUCUUUUUUGAGUGUGAAAUUUGAUCUCACGAUCCGAAUUGGAAGUGAAAAAUGGAGAAGGUGAUGAAUAUAAUAAAGCCAAAACCCAAUCCACAACAACUCUUAAGGGAUUGGCAGCGUCGCCUCCGCCAGGAAUGCCGUAACAUCGAACGCCAAAUCCGAGAUAUUCAAAGAGAAGAGAAAAAUGUACAGAAAGCUAUUAGAGAUGCUGCCAAGAGAAACGACAUGGGUUCUGCUAAGGCACUUUCCAUGGAGAUUGUGAGAUCCAGAAGGACAGUCAAUCGGCUAUACGGAAACAAGGCACAAUUGAAUUCAAUAUCAAUGCACCUUGGGGAAAGUGUUGCAAUCUCCCGUACAGUUGGGCAUUUGUCCAAGAGUGCUGAGGUUAUGAAGCUUGUCAAUAACCUUAUGAAGGCUCCAGAAGUGGCUGUCACAAUGCAAGAGUUCAGCAAAGAGAUGACUAAGGCAGGUGUUAUUGAGGAGUUUGUCAAUGAUGCCCUUGACAAUGCACUGGAUUCCGAGGAUAUAGAAGAGGAGACGGAAGAAGAAGUUGACAAGGUUUUGACAGCAAUUGCUGGUGAGACAGCUGCACAGCUUCCGGAAGCAGUCAGGAAGGAGAAGAUGAAGCAGCCAGUUCAGGCUGCUGCACAGGAGGAAGAAGCUAUAGCCGAAGGGGUUGAUGACGAGGAAGAACUAGAAGAAAUAAGGGCUCGACUUGCAAAAGUUAGGUCAUAACUCCUAAAUCAAGUCUUUUGCCUUUGCCUAGAAGUGUUGAUCAGGCUGAUUAAUGAGCUUCCCCCGGGUUCAAUUGCACUUGCUGCAGUCCAAACCCAAAUUUAACACCCGAAUAAAGUAACCUUCUGUGUAAUGUAUUACAAACAGGAUAUCUAUUAAUCAGCACAUUGGAGCAAUUAUUGUGUAAUUGCUACAGUUGUUAAUUAGCUAUUCCUGUCUGCAAGAUCUGUAUUAUACGAGGAGAAUCAAUGUGUCGAAAUACGGUAUAUAUUGAUCGAUAAUAAACCAUA